AUGCAAAACGGCGACCUUCGCGGGGACGGCUUGGUCGCCAACCCUGGCGAGGGUGACAACCGCUUCGAUGGCGAGCCAAUGAACAACAAUUCCAAGCGCAGAGGCACCUUCGGCAUGCCCGCGUUGAAGGGGAGCGAAGAGAGCAUCGACGCGCGACACGCCGGGUCGGUCGAGUACGACGUGCCGGAAGCCUACGAGAACCUCGACGAAACGGUUGCGGAUCCCGUUGCUCACAGCCCGAGCGAGAGCCGGACAGAUAAGGCCCCGAGUCUAGAGGGCCGCAGGCCAUCAGACAUUGAGAUGCAGGAUGGACGACGCGACGAGCAGGACGGGUCCGCUGAGACGCCGCCCCGGCCUGUGGCGCACCUCUCGAAGCUGGAGACGGAGCUGUACACCCUCUCGUAUCUCGUCUUCUUCGCCAUCUUCGGCACCCUCGCCCGUCUGGGCAUCCAAGCCCUGACGACGUACCCCGGCGCGCCGGUGUCCUUUGGCGUUCUGUGGGCCAACGUGGGCGGGAGCCUGGUAAUGGGGUUCCUGGCAGAGGACCGCAAGCUGUUCAAGCACGAAUGGGGUACCGCGACGUACCACGACCAGAUCCACAAGGCACGGCGGCAGCAACACGCGGACGGCAGCGCCGCGGUCGACCUUGCUGCCGCGAAGAAGGCGCAUCUCGCGACCAAGAAGACGAUACCCCUGUACAUUGGCCUCGCCACGGGCUUUUGCGGUUCGUUCACGUCCUUCUCGUCCUUCAUCCGCGACGUCUUUCUCGCGAUGAGCAACGACCUCCCCGGCGCGGGCGGCGCAGUACCCGAGACGCGCAACGGCGGCUACUCCUUCAUGGCCAUGCUUGCCGUCAUCCUGACCACCGUCUCCCUCUCCCUCUCCGCCCUGGUCGCCGGCGCUCACCUCGCAGCAGCGCUCGAACCCGUCACCCCAUCCAUUCCCUACCCCCUCAGCCGCAAGUUCCUGGACCGCGGCGCGGUCUUCCUCGGCUGGGGCUCCUGGCUCGGCGCAGUCCUGCUCGCCAUCUUUCCGCCCCAUGACGCCUGGCGCGGCCAGGCUGUGUUUUCCCUCGUCUUUGCGCCUCUGGGCUGCCUCGCGCGGUUCUACGCGAGCCUCUGGCUCAAUUCGCGGGUGCCGGCAUUCCCCGUUGGCACCUUUACGGUCAACAUCACCGGUGUUGCCGUGUUGGGUAUGUGCUGGGAUCUGGGACACGCGGGACUUGGCGGGGUGGUUGGGUGUCAGGUGCUGCAGGGCGUUGAAGACGGCUUCUGCGGGUGUUUGACGACGGUAUCGACGUGGGUUGCGGAGCUGACGGCGCUGAGAAGGCGGCAUGCGUAUGUGUAUGGUGUGUCGAGUGUGGUGGUGGGUUUUGCGGUUUUGGUUGUCAUCAUGGGAGCGAUGCGGUGGACAGAUGGGUUUGGGCCGUUGAUGUGUACACAUUGA